UUCAUAUCAUAUAGCUAUCUCUCCCUCUAAAUCUCAAUCCUUUUGCAGAAAAUGAAUGCUGGAUUUGGCAUGAGAAAAGAUCUCACUCGAGUUUCAAACCGCCUAGAAUGUUCUCUUUGUCAGAGAAUCUUCUUCACACCUCAAGAUCUAAUCACACACACCAACACUUUUCACUCCAAUCAUUAUUACUCCAACUUCUCAUCAUCUUCCGUUGCCGCCGCACCUGCCCCCGCACCUGCCCCUGCACCUGCCCCCGCACCUGCCCCCGCACCUGCCACCUUCCGCCACUACCCGAACCUUAACCGUAACCCUAAUCCUGCUUUCCCGGCAAUGAAUCGUUCUGACUUGAACAAUUACCGUAGUGGUCCUACAGAUGAACAAGGGAGGCUUCUCAAAGGAUCUGCGGCAAUGACUCCGGCUAGAAACACUAACGUUUUGUUUGGGCAGCAGGAGAAGCCGAAGCUGAUGGAUCUCUUUCCGACGAUGCCAUCGGAAGGCUUACGUACGCUUCCGCUUCUUAGCCAGCUGGAGGAACGGACACCGCAGGAUACUGCAACGGAGCAAGGCGGGGCCAACUCGAGUUUCAUCGACUUGACGUUAAGGUUGGGUUUUUCUUGAUAUCAA